CGACGCGCGCACCAGCCCGGGAGCCCGGCUCGGGCGCGUCUGCGGCGCCGCCUGACUCCCGAGCCCAGGAGGCGGCGGCCGGCGCGGCGGGCCUGGGCUGCACGCCGGCGCCGGACCAUGGAGCGCGGGCUGCACCUCGGCGCGGCCGCCGCGGGCGAAGACGACCUCUUCCUGCACAAGAGCCUGAGCGCCUCCACCGCCAAGCGCUUGGAGGCGGCUUUCCGCUCCACGCCCCCGGGCAUGGACCUGUCCCUGGCGCCGCCGCCUCGGGAACGCCCGGCGUCGUCCUCCUCGUCGCCCCUGGGCUGCUUCGAGCCGGCUGACCCCGAGGGGGCAGGGCUGCUCCUGCCGCCGCCCGGGGGAGGCGGCGGCGGGGUGGGCGUCCCUGGGCUGCUCGUGGGCUCUGCCGGCGUGGGGGGCGACCCCAGCUUGAGCAGCCUGCCUGCUGGGGCCGCCCUGUGCCUCAAAUACGGCGAGAGCGCAAGCCGAGGCUCGGUGGCCGAGAGCAGCGGCGGCGAGCAGAGCCCCGACGACGACAGCGACGGCCGCUGCGAGCUGGUGCUGCGGGCCGGAGGUGCCGACCCGCGAGCCUCGCCGGGCGCGGGAGGCGGCGGCGCCAAGGCGGCCGAGGGCUGCUCCAACGCCCACGUCCACGGUGGCUCCAGCGCCCCCCCGGGGGGUCCCGGCGGCGGCGGCGGGGGCAGCAGCGGUGGCGGCGGCGGCAGCGGCAGCAAGAAAUCCAAAGAGCAAAAGGCACUGCGGCUUAACAUCAACGCCCGGGAGCGCCGGCGGAUGCACGACCUGAACGAUGCUCUGGACGAGCUGCGCGCGGUGAUCCCCUACGCGCACAGCCCCUCGGUGCGGAAGCUCUCCAAGAUCGCCACGCUGCUGCUCGCCAAGAACUAUAUCCUCAUGCAGGCGCAGGCCCUGGAGGAGAUGCGGCGCCUUGUCGCCUACCUCAACCAGGGCCAGGCCAUCUCGGCUGCCUCGCUGCCCAGCUCCGCCGCCGCGGCGGCGGCGGCCGCUGCUCUGCACCCAGCGCUAGGCGCCUACGAGCAGGCUGCCGGCUAUCCAUUCAGCGCCGGGCUGCCCCCGGGCGCCUCCUGCCCGGAGAAGUGCGCCCUGUUCAACAGCGUCUCCUCCAGCCUCUGCAAACAGUGCACGGAGAAGCCUUAAACACCCCCCCGAGAAACACAGGACCGACCACAAAGCUAGAGGAAAGUGAAAAGCUGCCCACCCCCCUCAAACCCCCCGCUUCGGUCCUCUGGUAGUUGUGAAACACUUGCAAAGCAAACAAAGCAGAGGCGAGAACUGAGGAGAAGUAUCAGAGACAAACGGGACUGUUAGCCUUGACAUCCCCAGAAUUUCGGUCUUAGGGGUGGGGAGAGCGGAAGGAGGGAGAUGAAGGUGGGAAUGGAGUAUGGGUGUCUUUUUUCUCAGAAAAGUGGCAACUUUGGUGGCAGCCUACACCUCGAGGAGGCAGUUUUCCUCUAAGGUGAAAAAUAAGUUGAAAAGUAGUCACUGGGUUAUUAAGCGUGAAGAGUAUUAAAUGGCAAAAUACUAAUCCUACUAAUACUUGUGAAUUUGGCGAGAGCCGAGGAGGAGAGGAGGAGUCUGGGUUGGGAGGCUUGUGGGAGGAAAUACUCAUUCAGACAAAUCAGAAAGGGCACUUGAAAAUAAAUUUUGAUUCUGAGCCAGGAGAAAAACUUGAAAUGUAGACUUUUAAGUGGAAAAAAAUAAAACAGGAGACACGUUGCUAUGAAAGACUUGUAUUUUUUAUUGUCUCUGAACUUUAAUCCUGUGAAAAUGUUCAAAAGUUUUGGCAAAAGUGAUAUAAAAAACUGACUGUGGCUGGAAGAAUUGCAUUUAAAAAUAUUUAUGUGCACCUUGUUACUUUCCACUCUGCAGUGAUGUAUUAACAAUUCAUGGUAUUUAUUUGUUAUUAUUCAAUGACACAUCAACAGUAUCAUGUGUUAAGGUCAUGAGUCUUAUGUGCAGAAUUUUUUUUAAUGCCUCUAAAUUCUGUUUUCUAGAUCAACUUAUACUGUGUGCCAAGUGUUUAAAAGGUUUAUUUGCCAACAAAUAUGAAGAGACAUUGAUGUACCUGAGCUGCUUAGGUUUAUCAAAGGUCACCUGGAUAUUUUCAGUUGCAUCACCCCUGUAUUUAAAUUGAGCUUUAAUAAAUUGCUUCAGUCCAAAAAUUACAGGAAAGGUGUAUUCUUAAUUGAUGAAUGAAUUGAUCUCUUUUUAAAAAGGGGACUCCUUUGCAUUCUGAAAGGGAAAGACAUCACAGCAAUAGAUCUUUUAAGUCAGAACAUGCUAAGCAAAUAUUUUUCCAGGCUGUGCUGUGCAUUUUUAAAAGGUCUAAUUUAACUGCUUUUAAUAUAUAUGUACAUAUAAGUUAUUUUAACUUUGGAGAAUUAUUUAAGUUAAAGACUGGUUUGAUUUGCCUAUGGUGUGAAAUCCUUUGUUAUUUUUCUAAAAAUAAUUUUUUUUAAGAAAUAAAAUAACACUAAGGAAGAGAAAGAAGCUAUUUACCCAAAGUGAGCUUUCAGUUUUAGUUUGCAUGGCUGUUUGCCUGCCUUUCUAUCUUAUGAAAAUCAAGAAAACCUUUUUUAAAAAUGGAUUCCUGCUAUUUUCCACUCCUUGCAGAUAAUACAAAUUCAGUUUGUCAGGUCAGAUGGCGAGUUGGGAGCUGUGAUGGAUCUACUGGUGGGUUUCCAAUGUGUAAAAAUGACAUAUAUAUACAUAAAUAUAUAUAUAUAUUAAAUAGGCCAAUCAGACUAUGACAGCUAUGUACGACCAUUUGUAUGUGUAUCUAUGUCAGAAAGAAUCUUUAUUAAAAUAUUUUGAUCAAA